AUUUUUAGCACAGACUGUAAACAGACUGGUGAGGGUAUAAAACCGAGUGAUUUUUGGGAGAGCUCCAUCAAAAGUGCUUUAGCGGCGAAUCAAGAAAGAUCGGGAAUACGAAAUAUAUAAAAGAAUCAAAGAUGUCCGUUGUGCCCCUAAUGUUCCGCGACUGGUGGGAUGAGAUUGACUUUCCGAUGCGCACAUCGCGCCUCUUGGACCAGCAUUUCGGCCAGGGGAUGAAGCGCGACGAUCUGAUGUCGUCGGUGUGGAACUCCCGGCCCACAGUUCUGCGCUCGGGCUACCUGCGUCCCUGGCAGAAGAACAGCCUGCAGAAGCAAGAGUCCGGCUCCACGCUCAACAUCGACAACGAGAAGUUUGAGGUUAUUCUGGAUGUGCAGCAGUUCUCCCCCAACGAGAUCACCGUGAAGAUCGCCGACAAGUUCGUCAUCGUCGAGGGCAAGCACGAGGAGAAGCAGGACGAGCACGGCUAUGUGUCUCGCCAGUUUUCCAGGCGCUACCAGCUGCCCAGUGAUGUCAAUCCAGACAAUGUCACCUCCUCCCUCUCCUCGGACGGUCUACUGACCAUCACUGCCCCCAUGAAGAAGCUGCCCCCACCAUCGACCGAACGCGUCGUGCAAAUCACACAGACUGGUCCCUCCUCAAAGGAGGACAAUGCCAAGAAGGUGGAAACAACAACGACCUAGGCCCCUUAGUUGAGAUUUUUAUACCAAACCGAGAGUUACAAUAGUUAGUAGGUAUAUAUCUAUGUAUUUGUCCCUAUGAUAUUGGGCUUUUAUUAAAAAAAUUACCAAUUAAAACGAA